AUGGCUUGGGCCCUGGUGGGGCCUUUCCUCUGCGGACCCUUGCUGGGCUUCCUGUGCCUGAGCGGGCUAGCCGUGGAGGUGACUGUGCCCGCUGAGCCACUGAGCAUGCCGAUGGGCAAGACAGCCGAGCUGAGCUGCAGUUACAGGACAUCGGUGGGAGACAGCUUCGCCUUGGAGUGGAGCUUUGUCCAGCCUGGGAAGCCCAUCUCCACAUCUCUUCCGAUUCUGUACUUCACCAAUGACCACCUGUAUCCCACCGGCUCCAAAGCAGAUCGGGCCAGCCUUCUCCACAACCCCCCCACAGGAGGGGUGGCUACCCUGAAGCUGACGGACCUCCGCCCCUCAGACACGGGAACCUACCUCUGCAACGUUAACAACCCACCAGACUUCUACACCAAUGGGUUGGGGUUAAUCAACCUUACUGUGCUGGUGCCCCCCAGUCACCCCUUAUGCAGCCACAGUGGGCAAACCUCUGUGGGAGGUUCCGCUGCCCUGAGAUGCAGCUCCUCUGAGGGAGCACCCAAGCCAGUGUACAACUGGGUACGUCUUGGAUCUUUUCCUACACCUCCUCCUGGUAGCAUGGUUCAAGAUGAAGUGUCCGGCCAGCUCAUUCUCACCAACCUCUCCCUGACCUCCUCUGGUACCUACCGUUGUGUGGCCAGCAACCAGAUGGGCAGUGCCUUCUGCGAGCUGAACCUCUCAGUGACUGACGCAUCGGAAGGCCGGGUAGCCGGAACUCUGAUCGGGGUGCUCCUGGGUGUGCUGCUGCUGUCAGUGGCUGCAUUCUGCCUAAUCAGGUUCCAGAAAGAGAGGAAAAAGGAGCCCAAGGAGACAUAUGGGGGAAGUGACCUUCGGGAGGAUGCCACGGCUCCUGGGGUUUCUGACCAAGCCUCUGUGAGGGCUGAUUCCAGCAAAGGGCUCCUGGAGAAGUCCCCAUCCACCAGUACGGUGACGACCAAGUCCAAACUCUCUAUGGUUGUCUGA